AUGGAGAGUGGCCAUCUUCUCGACAACGCAAUAUCGGCAUCGACGUAUUAUGACUCUAGACACAUCCCGCAGUUCUCGAGACUUAAUAAGAUCCCCAGUUCAGGCAAGGCGGGGGCCUGGUGCACACGUACAAACAAUGGUAACGAAUGGCUGCAGGUCAACUUUGAGCGGGAAACAUCUGUUACAAAAGUGGCUACUCAGGGGAGGUAUGACGCCGAUCACAGGUUGACGAGCUACAGUUUGUCGUAUAGUGUGGACGGCUCUCACUGGGCGUGGUACAGACUUUCGGAUGGAGAUAUCAAGGUGUUUGGUGGUAACAUCGACCGCAACACUCCAGUUUAUCAUCCCCUUCAUUUGCCGAUUCAAGCCAAAUAUCUUCGAUUCCACCCCAAGUCAUGGUAUGGUCACAUCUGUACCAGAGCAGAGGUCUAUGGCUGCCAAGAAGGAUCACAUUGUUCCCUUUCUCUCGGACUCGAAGAUGGCCGAGUUUCAGCCAGUGCUAUGUCUGCCUCGACUAUUUACAGCAGUUCCUGCGCUGCUAGUUUAGGCCGUUUGAAUCUUGCGGCUGGUUCAGGUAAAGUGGGAUCCUGGUGUGCUAAAAGGAAAGACGUCAAUCAAUGGUUACAAAUUGAUCUUGGCAGCCCUACGACCGUUACUAAAGUAGCCACCCAAGGAAGGCAGGACUCAUCUCAAUGGGUAACGAGCUACUCACUAUCUUACAGCUUGACCGGCUCUUACUGGGUUCAGUACACUGUGCGAGGGAAAAAGAAGGUUUUUCGGGGAAAUUUCGAUCGUAAUACCAUUGUUGUCCACCAGACCUUCCCACCAAUCCAUGCCCGGUUCGUCCGCAUUCAUCCUUUAACUUGGCAAGGCCACAUCAGCAUGCGUACUGAGUUGUACGGUUGUCCUAUCAGGGGCAUCUAAGGGGAAGAAAGCUCAACGAGGAAAGUCGCCGAAAGAGUAUCGACUCGGCCAGUAAAAACCCAUGAAGGAGAUGUAAAGGUUAUUUUUGUCAGAGA